GUCGUGCUGAAACACGACCUCCAAUUCCACUUUCAAUUUCAGCUUCUCAAUGCGAAACGCCACGGUGGGAAACUACAGAAGUUUCUUUGCGCCUCCCCCCUGCGUGUCUUGUGAGUCCGACGCUUUUUUAAAAUUUCACUUCAACGCCGCAGUCGGGCACUUUUCCGCCUCGGGACGUUUUUUCUGCGACCAGAGAGUUCGACUUCAUUUGAAGCGCAAGGCGACAACAUGUUUUCCUGCCUCUUUCUGCUCGUUUCUUUCCUGAAUAUCCUGCGGAGCCUCCAUGUGUCCGCGUGCGAUUACAGCUGUCCAGAUAAACCUGUGAUGACUCCGUCCAGGCUGGUGGUGAAGUUUGGUGAUCCAGCCUCUGCUACAUGUGUAGCCUGUCAGCAGACCUGUUUUCCCCUGGAUGACAGUGUUAUAAAUAUGGAAGCUUCUCUUGGAACUCCUCACAAAAAUGGAAGCACAGUGACCUGGACAGUGAACCAAAUGACUGAGUGGGAUUUAACUCCAAAGUGCUACUAUACUACCAUAAUGAAUGAUCAGUGUUGCACUGACCUGCCUGUUACUGUCUACAAACCUCCAGAAAGUGUGUCCUUCAGCUUAAACCCCUCUGGACCUCUGAUUGAGGGUUCAGAGGUCACGCUGCAGUGUGAUGUACAGAACGUCGCUCCGGCUGAAAACCUCAUUGUGACCUUUUACAGAGGUCACACGCUUCUGGGUCUAGUGAAAAGCAGCAAUACCGCAAAGAAACCAGUUAAUGAUUUACUUUCUAUGAGCUACAACAGCACAAAAGAAGAUAAUGGAGUCCAGUUCUGGUGUGAAGCCAAGCUGGAACUGGGAGCUGAAGGACCACAGCCCCCUCUAGUGGUGAAAUCAAAGGAGACCACUGCUACAGUUUAUUACGGACCUGAGCUGAAGGUUCCGGUUGAUCCCGCUCCGAUCAGCAUCAUUAGAGGAGGACCUCUCCAUUUGACCUGCUUGGCUGAAGGAAACCCCAAACCUCGGUACAACUGGACGCUGCCGUCCAACAGAGGCCACAUCAGUGUGACCGAUCUGAAAAUCGACUCAGUGGAUUUUCAGGACGGAGGGCAAUAUGUCUGCACCGCCAGCAACAUCGUGAACUCCGUCAGUGUUAGAUUUGACGUAACAGUCCAAGAAAACUUCAUCCCGUACAUAGUAGGCGCCGUAGUAAUUGCUGCAGUUGUGAUAUUGAUCGCCGCAGGAGUCAUCUACACUUUUUAUUACAAACAGAACAAGAUGGGAAAGUACCAACUAAAGGACGUUUUCCGUUUGGGCUCAAUGAAUCCCACCACGAUUCCUCUUUGUUAGUAAAAACCAAAUCCCUGGAAGGACAAUGGCAGGUUGAAGAUUCGCUGCAGUGCCUCCGAUCUGAGUCAGGUUGGUGUUGCUGCAGGUUCUCCCUUUUCCCAUCACGGACAUGAAAGACGUUCCACUUUUUGAAUGGAAGUAUUCGCUUCCUCCUAGAUGGUUUUAGUGUCAGAAAUUUGCAGGAAGUCUUUGUACCUGGAAUCUGGAGGUUGCAUGUUUUACUCAGGCCACCACGGAUUACAGUAAUUUCCUCUUAACUAUUUGUACUUUGAUGGAUUCUUAAUGACGAAGGUAAAGGGACACAGUUAAUGCCAAAACUGUCAGUCCAGUGUGAAAGCUCAUAGGAAAUGAUUUAUACUUUGAACUAAGCUCUCAUGCCUGAAGUGAACUUGUUCCACAGUUUUGUUUUGUUUUUUUACAAAUACAUAGCUCAUGAUGUCAUGCACCACUUAGCAUAUUUAUUUAGUGCUUUAUUGCCUACCAUUUGCGAGCUGUCCUUUUAUAUCUGUUCCUUUAUGCUCUGCUAAAAUGUAUUUUAAUGCGACUGAACUCUUAAAAAGUUGUUCUCAUUUGCAUAGUGAGUUAGUCGUCAGAAAGCAACUUUUCUCAUCAAGAAUAAUAAUAUUUUUUUGUUGCUUUUACUUUGACCGCUAUAAUGCACUACAGGACUAUGCUUUGAUUAAAUCAGCUGGCAAAAUGCCACAGACCAAGCCUGUGGCAUUUAUUUAUGGCCAUGUUUAACUCUGUGGUACAUCCGGUGGGAAUUUAUCUCCCCGCCUCUGCUGAAUCUCCACAUUCUCACUUUCUUGUCUGCUUCUCAUUCAGAGUACGGUUUACGAUUACGGUCGGGAACAGUUUACGAUCAGCAGUAAAAAUGGUAACAUCUUAAUAGUUUCUAAUUCCUUGGUGAAACAUCGGCUAAAACAAAACCAAAAUCUGAACACUGAGGUAUCCCAGUCCACUUUGUGGUGGAGAAUUGGUUUUCUCUGCUAUGCACUUUCAUGUUUUUCUUAUUUAUAGUCAGAGAAAUUCUGCAUAGAUGUCUGUGUGUGACAGGAAUCGUUCAUUUUAAUUUCGCUGUCUUUUAAAAACGUUGCUCAUUUUAACAAAAAAAACAGAAAUUACAGUCCAGAUUACAUGGAGCUGCUC